GCAAAUUUCAAUCGAAAGGAAACCCUCUUUUCUAAAAGGUUUAAUUGUUUUAGGGAAAGUUGAUCUUAUAACAACGGAUAUUUGCUACUUGAUUUUUUUCGGGCAGUUUAAAACUUAUACAUUCGUUUAUUGGGUUAGGUGUCUUUUCAUUCAGUUGGGUUAGGUGUCUUCGUUCAGUUGGUAAAAACUUUCGUUGUUGUUGCUAGUUGGAUAAGUGAAUAACCAGCAUAAAAAGAGUACGGUUCAAAUACGACUCCGUGUAUCGAUAGGCCUUUGUUAUAUUGUUUGUAUCACUGAGAGGUAUUUUGGAAUUUUCGCUUUUGGACGAUAUUCAGGUUUUUGUCUCCCUUUUUCCAAAGAAAAAGAUUUUAGAAAAGCUUUAGGAAGGAAACCAUUAGAGGGAGGGUCUAAUAGGAGCUUACGUUCGUUUUACUAUUGAUUUAGAAUGGGAUAUAAUCAAGGAUUGGCCGUUGGUCUUGGGAUUGGGGUUACGGUGAUUGUUGUUUUCGCUAUUUGUAUAGUUAUAUGGUACCGUAAUCAACGUCAACAAAGAAGAGAAGAUAAUAUCGAAAAUGAUAUUGAUUUGGAUUUGAGAGAUAAUCAAAGCUUUAGUCAAUUCCAGGAAGAAUUACAUAAACCAUAUAAUGAUCCCAAUAAAUCAUCCACAACCCAAUCGGGAGAUCUGGUUAAUAAUGAAAAAUUAGUGCAAGAUCAUAAUAGCAUUAAUAGUACCAAAUCAGAUAAGGACAUCAUCCAACCACCUCCACAAUUAAAUCAUAAUCGUAAUUACAGUUCAACGUCAACGGAUUUUAAUAGUCGUCAUAAUAAGACGGGAUCUUCUUACGAUUUUUAUGAAUCUUUUAUUCCAAUUUUACCAGAACGUAAUAAUAAUAAUAAUAAUAAUAAUAAUGAUAUUGAUGAAAGUAUAAUUCAACCUCCUCCUCCAAUCAACGAUACCAUAGAAUCAAAUCCAACUUCAAAUAAUAGCUCCAAUACUUCCAUCAUCGGUAAUCCAAAUACUAAAUCUUUAGAUAAUUUGGCUAAACAAUUAACUGGCCCUACUUUUUUCGAAAAAUUGCCUUCUAGAGCUGCAACCAUAAAUGUCAAACAAAGAAAUCCAACUAAUUUACCUAACAAUUCAAGUGGUGACUUGAUUCAAAAUCAAUUAAUUGAUACUAAUGAUGCAAUUAAUGAUAAUUAUGUCUAUGAGUCAAAUUCCCCCCGUAAAAGAGAUACUAAAAUUAGUGUUCUAUCCAACAAUGAAGAACCAGUCCCUUCUCAUCCUUAUAGAACCAUCCAUGCAAGUAGUCCCUUUGAAGAUAAGAAUAAAAUCUAAUCUUAUAUAAUUUAUAUUAGAAUAUAUAUUGGCCUAUAC